AUGCGACCAGAUCAGCCAGGAGCGCACUUCUUCACCGUAUUCGAGGAACUCAACAAGGACGAAAUGGCUGCCAUGAGACCGCACGCCUUGGCCUACCAGACAACCUACCUCCAGUGCGGUGUGGCCGCACCGUCACAGACAACAGCUACCGGCAGAAAGUACGACUGGGGUGGGUCUUCAAAUAUGUCUGCAUACAUCAUAGACUCUGGCCUCUGGACAGCGUGCAAGGAGUCCCGGGAAGCCAUGGAGAAGCGAUGGAAGAUACAGCACUGGACCCAAAAUCGAGAGCUUGCUGCCAAGGACAAUCGGUGGGGUGAGCGAGACGUUGGUUUCAAAGGCGCACCAGCAAUGGGACUGAUUCCCUCGAAGGACAGUGUUCGUUUCCAGGCGUUCACAGUCGUACCGAAUUCCGAUCUGUUCUGCGUACAGCCAUUUGACUUCGCCAGUAUAAGUUGGGAGGGGCUUCUGAGCUCGGUCCCCUUCUUCCACUAUUCCUGGGGCUGGGACCAGGUCUUGCAUAUCGCCCUCGAGUUUGAUCCUUCUUGGGCCGUGGACCUCAAUUCGAAAGGCAGUAUUUCUAAAAAGCCAACAUUGCUAAACUUAUGCAGAGCGCUAGAUGGAGAGCUUGAAUGGGGUUCCUAUAGUAAGGUCUGGCUUAUUGAUUACAGCAUCGAGCGGCGCCGGGGAGAGCCUCUCAACGCCAACAGAAAGCAAUUUGCGGGGCACAACUGUCGUUUUGUAGAAGUGCAGGAAGGGGAUCCGGGUUGGCUAGUCAAUGGCUUCAUCAUUCCUGAAUAUUGGUAUGGUCGAACACAGUAUGAGAAGGACAAACCAUCUGACGUGUUCGAAUUCUUGGCGGAGAUACGUGAAUGGUUCGACUGCUGGAACGAGGACAUGAAGCUCAAUAGACGUACACCGUCAAUCUCAGGGGUAAUGGCCUGCGAGAGAGAUAAAACACGGUGA